GUCUCACUUCCAAUAAACGGGCGACCGAGCCCCCUUCUCUGUGCACAGUGUGUCUCUGUCUCUGCAUCUUUCCCUCAUGGCGGCUCUCAGGAGACUUGGUGGACCCAGCUCAGCUCAGUUAUGCCGUUCAAUCGCUCCCCCUGCUCUUCUCAUAUGCUGCCGGGGAAUCGUUUCUAAGCUCUUCGUCGGAGGGCUGUCAUUUUACACCACGGAGAAUGCAUUAGCCGAGGCUUUUUCCCAGUAUGGUCAAGUUGUUGAAGCUAAAAUAGUCAUGGAUAGAGUCUCGGAUAGAUCGAAAGGAUUCGGAUUCAUAACUUUUGCAUCUGAAGAUGAAGCCCAUAAUGCUGUGACUGAGAUGAAUGGGAAGACUUUAAAUGGGCGUAUGAUUUUUGUGGAUUAUGCGAAGCCAAGAGCUGGUUCUGGUGGUGGAAUGCCGAUAGCCAGAGGACCUCCUGAGCCGUUAGCAAGUGAUGCUUGAUUUCUGCCCUUCGAGAUAUCCUGAAAAUUCAAAUUGAUUCGUGCUAGUAAAAGAUUGCAUCAUUCAGUUUGGAACUGUUACUUAGGUCCUGAAGAUAAAUAUUGCACCCUUAUUGUCUGUUCAUAUUACAUUACAUCUUGAAACAGGCAGAGAAUUAGAUGGCAGAGGUCUCCGAGAAUAUAUAGAUCUGUUAGAAUUUUCAGCGAGAUUCGCCAACACUCAGCUUCGAGGUUUGUUGUAAUGUUAUCUUCUGUUGUAACCAUGCUAGGAAUAACCUUUUUUGAGGUCUAAGUGUUAUAACAUUGAUUGUUCUCGAAGUGUAAAUCGAAUAGAGGGUGCGCAUAUCAUGGAUCUCUAAGAUGUUUCGUGUCA